UUCUUGUUUUCUCCCUCCAGAGAACAGACUGGGAAUAGUUUCUUGGUUGCUAGACGACUCCUGUUAGCAACACAGCUGUGAAAUCAGUAACCUUUGCUCGUGGAGACAACAGCUCUUUGGAGGACUUCUCAAAGUGGUUCGAACGGGCCGUUUUUUAGCUCGCGCGCGGGUCACUCUUUUGGAAAUAUGCGAUGUUCUUUACGACAAAUUUGCCUUUUAGCAUAGCUAGCUUUCUGUUUGUUUUUCCUUUUUUUUUGUUUUGUUUCCAUGAUAUUAAGGAAGAGGACAAAAAAGAUGCUGAUAGCCGUUUAAAGGUAAAAAUGUUAUGUCCAACAAUGAAACGUUUAUGUAUUAUUUAGGCCUAAAAAGAAGACAAUUUUUUUUAGCAGCUACGUAAGUUAGUCUGCUGAGAUGUCUCAGGAUGCGAGUGAUGACGUUCAGACAGAUGAAGACUGCGAGGAGCUGGUUGAGGAAGAUUUCUCUCUGCCUGCUGAUAUUUCCCAAAAGAAAACCUGGAGAAAAAAAUCCAUUGGCAAGUCUCCACAUUCUCCAAGGUCUCCAUACCUCUCCAGUCUGAAUACGAACCCCAGAAGAGCUGCAGUAAGAGCCUGGAGACUUCCUAGGGGCUCUUUGGGUGAAACCAGAGGAGACACUCCUGGGACGGCAGGACCGCGUCAUUGCACGUCCCUCAGCAACGGUUUUGGUUAUUUUUUGGGUGGAUGUGACCAUAGAGACAAGGAGGACAUGCAUGACGAGAUAAUUCACCUCAAGAAGAGCCUCCAGGCUCUAAACUCUGACAAACUGCAAAUGAAAGCCAAACUACGACGCCUGGAGGAAGAUAUUGCCAAAAGAGAGAAACAGAUAGAAGAACUGUUGGAUCCCAUAAAAGGAUCUGAAUUUACCCGCAGUUUAGUGGAUAAGAAAAGAGAAGGGAGUGUGGUUCUCAAUGGCCUGAAGCAGAGAAUCCUCAAACUGGAACAGCAGUGUAGAGAAAAGGAGAAUGCUUUAUGUAAACUGCAAAGUGAACUGAGGACCACAAACCUGGAGGAGCUAAAGAUCACAGCAAAAACGUACUCUGAAGAGAUACAGAGACUAAGGAUGCUUCUGGAGUCAGCAGAGAAAAGUCGAGCUGAAAGUAAAUGCUCCCAGAGGCAGCAGAAAGCUUUAAACUUCACUGUCCAUCGCCUGUCUGAGGACCUGAAGCAGCUUCAGCACGAAAACGCAGCACUUAAAGAAGAGCUCAACACUGACAGCCCCACCCCUGGAAUUAAAGGUUACAGGGAGUGGAGUAAGCAGAGGAUAUUGAGGCGGCUGCUGGAGCUUGAGAAGAGGCUCGAGGAGAGCAGAGGACACGCCCACUCAGCUCAGUCAAGCAGCCGAUUGGACAAGGAGGUCCAAAUACCUCUCACGGAGACCCAGACGUUCUCCAUGGCAACAGAGGCAAGGGUUUCCGUAGGAACCAUCACCGAAGAGUGUGAGGCGAUUGCUGGUCUGAAGGAAUGUCUCAACCAAUCAGAAAGGAAGAGAAUAGACCUUGAGGAGACUCUGGCGAUUAAAGAAGAUGAGCUGACACAGCUUAAAACAAAGCAAGAGGAACUGCAGAAAGAGGCAGACGAUUGGAAAGCUGAACAGAAAAGUUUACUUGAAAAAGAGAGAGAACAGCAUAAGCGGGACUUGGAGCUGUUGCUGGUGAAGAUUCAGACUCUGGAGAAUGAGAGAAGCAAAGUUGCACAGGCAGCGCUCUCCUGCCCUCCUCCCACAGCGGCAAACAGCCAGGCGGAGGUGGAGAGCAGAACAGGCCAGGAAGCAGGGAAGCGGAGGGACGCAGGACGUACAACGGAGGGAUCAGAGGAGGAUGAGAAACCGAGCACUGGUGUGAGGAGAACAGAAAAAGAAAAGGCUGCCGUGGUGAUUCAGACAAACUGGAGACGUCACAAACAGAGGGACGUUGUGAUGGUGCAGUCAGCGUUAAGAGGCCAUCUCCUGAGAGCUGCUCAGUUAAAGAACCUACUCAAAGAAAGCAGAAAGGCUGGAAGAGAGCGCUGCAGCCAUGAAGCCGACUCUGCUGGGAGAGAUCUGGACUCAGGCGCCGUAACUGUGAUCCAAGCUGCAUUCAAGGGGCAUCUGGCUCGUACUCUUGCAAUGAAGAGCUCAGGGCCUGCAGUGCCUUCUUCUGUGGAGACUAAACCAAGAGCGGGCUUCAGCCAGCCUGGAAAAGCAGCUCAGAGAGAACAUCAACCUGCAGCAGGUUUUGGCCACGACCCCCCCACCGAUUCUGAUGAUUCAGAUGACAUCAUUGUGUCUCCAUCACGUCCAAUGAGAAGCAGGAACGUCGUAUUGAUAUAAAACCUUCAGAUUGUGCGCGUUUUUCAGGGAAGUUCUUUCUAUAAAAGUGUCCAAAGGAAUCAGGAUGUGGCUCAUCUCUACCUUAAAAAACAUGAACGAUUUCCAUCAGAGUGAAUGUGGUCAAGCCCCGCCUACAAAAAUAAACAACUCGGGGCUGAAUGUUUUUUUGGUUUUUUUUUGCAUAAUGCACAUUCAUGGCACAUAUUUUACUUAAAGUAAUCUCAUAAUAAUACAAUAUCUAUGCAGUCUAGAGUGAUGUAUACAGUACAGACCAAAGGUUUGGACACACCUUCCCAUUCAUUUGAAUGAGAAGGUGUGUCCAAACUUUUGGCCUGUACUGCAGCUGUGAAGAGAAUAUUUGUAAAUAUUAUUAAUUACUCCUUAAUGACAUUUAUUAUUUUUGAACCUCAGCUCUGUAAAAUUAGUGCCAUUUCAUUGCUUUAUUUGCGUUGAAUUUCACUUUAAGCUUAGUAAAACACUUUGGAUUUUUAGAACCUGUGUGGCCAAAAUCUUUCACACUGUUGAAUGUUUGUGUGGUUUUUUUUUUUCUUCUGCUUUUUUCCAAAAUGCCUUUCGCACCAAUAAAACCUCAAAAAGCUAAUGCCUAAAAGCCCAAUCGGAUUUUUGAGGUGAUUCCCAGCUGAUGCACUAACAAGCCAAACUGUGAAUGAAUUCCAGAUCAUUCUGCUGCAAUACUGAAUAACCAGUUGGGGAAGGGGAGGGGGGGCAGGGAGGGGUCUAAUAUGAUUUAAAAAUGUGCUUUAAGCUUUUUUUUUAACGAGGUGAUCUUUUAAUAGUAAAAUAAACUCGUUUUUAACCACAGUUGACAUGACAAUAGAUGAAGAGACCUUGAGUGCUUUAUCAAUCCGAUGACUGAGUAUAAUGAUGAGGAUUCCAUCUAUUGUCCGAACUGUUUAUUACAAUAAGUUUCAAGCAUGUGUCCUUAUCUUCUCCUGUAUGUGUUCAGAAGUUCUCCAAUGACAGAAUUGUGCUAUAAAGGUAACUGCUGGAA